AUGGCUGAAGAAGACAUUUUUAUCAUCGGUAAUGAAGAUGUUAUUAUCAUCAACAAGAUUGAAGAUGUUAUCAUUGAAGAUGACAAUAUAAUGGAAAUUGAUAAUCUAGACGAAUCAGACGAGGAUGGGUCUGAUAUAGAAUUAGAAUCAUUGGAAGAUAGUGAUUAUGAGAGUGAUAGUAGUGAUGAACUAAUAUCAUCCAUCACCAUAUCAGCCAGGAUAGGUGACAGCGGAGAACUCAUAGGAGUGCCAAAAAAACUAAAUAAUUUAAUUAGACGCGGUAAAGAUUCCUUACAUAACAAUGAUAAGACAAACCACUUGGCCCCAAAUGCGACAAAUGAAGACGGGAGGAAGCAGCAAAGACAGGAGGAGGUGCUAACAAAUUCCAUGGGACAGCGAAUUGCCCAGAAUUGGGGCAAGGUCUUGGCGCACGCUGGCAGUGGACAGAAGCCGGUGACGCCUAAACCAGGCAAACUGUGUCCAAAAGCCACCGAAAAGGUACUUGGCGAGAAUGCGACGGUCAGGAGCAAAACUCCGGAAGUUGACCUAGAAAUCAAGGAUUUGGAUGAAAUAACCACCAAGGAGGAGAUCCUCGAGGCCCUGCAGAGAGACUUGGGCACGGACUGUGGUGUCACACUGGAGUCUGUGAGGUCUCUGCGGAAUGGAUAUGGAGGUACCAAGACGGCGGCCGUUAGACUUGCGGCACCCACAGCCAAAAAGCUACUUGAGCGGACACAUAUCCGUGUGCCAUGGACUGAUUGCUCCGUCCGGGAAGUAAUAAGGCCCCUAAAGUUCUACACGUGCUGGCAUUUUGGACACCUGUAUAAAAACUGUAAAAGCAGGGUGGACAGGUCCAAGAGCUGCAUCAAGUGUGGGGUAGUAGCCGGUGCCCAGUGUAUACACGGGCUCUACAGGCGAUUAUUAGCAAACGACGAUGAGAGUACUGCAGCUCAACCUCAACCAUUGCGAGGUCGCGCAGGACCUGCUUAUACAGACUGUGCGGGAGCUGAGACCAGAUCUGGCGGUAUUGCGAACCGGGCUGAGAGCGGCUUUGUGAGAGUUAAGGUCAAGGGGAUUCACUUUUACAGCUGUUACGCCCCACCCAGUCUGACCACCGGGGAGUUUGAGAACUUACUCGACAGGCUGGUUGAGGAUGCCAAAGGGCUUUCCCCGGUGGCAAUCGCUGGGGACUUCAACGCCUGGGCGGUUGAUUGGGGCAGCAACAAAACAACGGAAAAAGGACAAGUCACUUCUGGAGGCCAUGUCAGCCCUGGAUGUGGUCUUGCUGAACACGGCCUGGCUGGAGCGGGUUGCCGUUGGGAGGUGACCGACACUUACACCGGAAGUGAUCAUCAGGUGAUCUUGUGGGAGAUCCGAGGUGAUCGCGGACAUGAUCCGCCACCGCCAAGAACUAACGCUAUCGGAUGGAAAACUGGAAUGUUUGGUGCAGACUUGUUCAGGGAGGCUCUUGACGCCGGCCCGCCUCAGGGAAAAACAGCCACUGAGAAAGUUGAGGAAGUCAUGCGUCGGGUAACGGACGCUUGCGACGCAACAAUGUUGAGAAAACCGAACAUAGAUCGGCGGCCACUGGUGCACUGGUGGAGUGACCAGAUCGCCGGCCUCCGCAGGGAGUGCAACCGGACUCGGCGUGUAGCUCAACGAGCACGAAGCAAGCCCACAUUUCCUAUAUUGGAGGAAAAGCACAAGGAGGCACGCAGGAAGUUGAACAGUGUCAUCAAGCAGAGUAAGACCCAGAGCUGGAGAGAGCUCCUCAGGGAGGUUGACGCUGAUCCAUGGGGCAGGCCGUACAAGGCUGUCAUGACUCGGCUGAAGAGCCAGCCAAUGCCAGCGCCGAGCUGUCCAGUGCUCAUGGAGAAGAUUGUUUCGACCCUGUUCCCGGAGCAGCCAGAGCAGGAUUAUCACCUGGAGGAAGACGUCGACGAGGAGAUCCCUCCCAUCAUGGAAGAGGAGCUGCUUGCGGCAUGCGCCAGAGUGGGUAACAACAAAGCCCCUGAUCUUGAUGGGAUUCCCAAUAUCGCGCUCAAGACAGCGACCAAAGCGGCGCCGGGGAUGUUCCUGGACAUGUACAAUACGUGCCUGAAAGAGGGAUUAUUCCCGGAAAGGUGGAAGUGGCAGAGACUGGUGCUCUCUAAGGGGAAGAAGCCUCCUGAUGAACCGUCAUCCUAUCGUCCUCUCUGCAUGCUGGACACUGUCGGAAAAAUUUUCGAGCGAAUCCUUCAUGAUAGGAUUGAGGCAAUCGUAGAGAGACUCCUCUCGGACCGCCAGUACGGCUACAGGAAGAACCGUUCCACACUGGAUGCGCUGAACUUGGUGGUAAAUACCGCCAAGGAGGCCAUCUCUGGCAAAAGGUGGAAAAGAGAGGAUGAUCCACGGUGGUACAGGGUCACAGAAGGAGUCCCACAGGGCUCCGUCCUUGGACCGCUCUUGUGGAUUAUUAUGUACGAUGCCCUGCUGAGGUUGCUCAUUCCACUUGGAGUGCUGCCUAUAGCCUUCGCGGAUAACUUGGCACUCGUUAUCAUCGCCAAAUUCCUGGAGGAGCUGGUCGCGCUUUUCGGGGCGAUCUUCCCUAGAAUCAGGGGGUGA